UUCACUCUUCCUCUCUCUCUCUCUAAAACUGCUCCAUGCUUCACCCUUCACUCAUCUCCAACACAAUGGGCAAAGCUAUCAAAUGGUUUAGAGGUAUGUGGGGCUUGAAUAAGCCCGACCCGAACGGCGGCCCGCCCCCGAAGAAGAGAUGGAGCUUUCCCAAGGGAAAACUCCGUCGUCGAUCCCAUGCAAUCGACGACGAAGCGACGAGUAGGCAGGCAGUCGCCGUGGCCGCUGCCACCGCCGCCAUAGCCGAGGCUGCCGUGGCCGCGGUGGCCCACCUCACCAGCGCCGCCGCGUAUGGUCCACAGAACGGCGCCGUUUGGGAGGAGCGGGCGGCCGUUGUGAUUCAAUCUCAUUUCCGUGGCUAUCUCUCGAGAAGAGCUCUACGGGCGCUCAAGGCGUUGGUUAAGCUCCAAGCACUCGUUAGAGGCCACUUUAUGCGUAAGCAUAAUGCUGAAACGUUACGACAGCUUCAGGCACUUAUGCGCGCCCAAGCCAGAGCACGGGCUGGCCGACUCUCCACUGAGGAGAGCACCAAGCCCUCCCACUUCAACCACACUGAGAAGGCGGAUCACGCGACGCAUGAAUCCCCUGCCCGCGCCAAAAUGCAGAGGAACAACACCAACCUCAUGUAUGAUCCAGACAAGUCGCCCUCGCCCUGGAUGGAGAGGAGGAAAGGCGAGAAGGCGAAGGCGCCAUGGGACUUCACUAGGAUCGCCCGUGUGGAUGAGGAGAAAGGCGACAAGGUUCUAGAAGUUGACACGGGGAGGGCAAGCACGAGCCCUACAGGCAGAGCCAUCAUCCACUCCUCUCACCCGAGCCACAUAUCCGACCAGCACACCACAUGGUUAAGUCCGUCCCUAAGCCCUCUCACGGUAGGCCUAAAUGCCAACGGAAGCCCCUUCUACACGGCCAACAACAGCCCGGCCUACUCAUCAUCGGUGGAAGGGGGGAGCUCCAAGAGGGGGCUGUUCGCGCCUGCCAAGAGCAGCCUGAGCAAUUGCACGGAGCAUCCGAGCUACAUGGCUUACACAGAGUCCUCGAAGGCAAAGGCAAGGUCUCUCAGUGCACCGAAGCAGAGGCCUCGGUCGGAGAGGUCUAGCUCCCAGUGGGAGAGAUCGAAAUCGGUGAAUAGGCAUAGAGAUGGGCAGAAGGUGCAGUUGAGUAAUGUGUAUCCGGGGUCGGGGCGUCUGGACCGGUAAGGGAUGCCGGAGAGGGACAUUUCAGGGUUUAGUGGUGGGCUUCGGCACAGGUACUAAGCUAACUACAUUUGUUUUGGAUGUUGGUCAUGUAAAUUGUGGAUAAUAAGAGAGAAGAGAAGUAUGUAUUUUUGCAAAUAUUGUGUGGGUGAAUGGUGAAUUUCAUGUUAUGUUA